AUGAGCAUCGAGGCAAUGCAGAUUUUACGGUUAAUGGGCCCAGAAAGUCCGUCAACGCCCGAGGUUAUUGCCGAAUAUCUGCGAGAAAUGACGGAUUCCAAGAUGAUUGGACAAAUAUUAGGUGAACCGGACGCUAAAACACAGCGUGUGCUGCAUGAAUACGCCAAUAUGUUUCAAUUCCACAACGUGUCAUUUGACAUUGCAAUACGUGUAUACUUGGGUCGCUUUGAGCUGCCUCGUGAAGCUCAGAAGAUCGACCGCAUCCUUCAGGCUUUCGCCAAAGCUUAUUACAGUCAAAACUCUCAUAGCUUGGAAUGUCCGUCCGAAGAUGCAGUCUAUACGUUGGCAUUCUCCGUGCUGUUGCUUAACACAGACGCCCACAAUCCAAAACUCGCACGCAAGUUCAAGAUGACUCGAGCUGAUUUUAUCCGGAAUUACCAUCAACUGGGAGUAGGUGACAGCAAUUCAGCAAGCCCAGAAGUACCGGAUACAUUUCUCGGUUAUUGCUACGAUCUGUUCGUGAUGGAUGCAAUUAGACGUAUCGAACGGAAACCGAUUGAGCUUCAGCCUCAUGAAGUAGAGCUUGAAUUUCCAGAAAAAGCAUUGGGCCUCGAAAUUGAAACCUCGUUUGAUGGCCAAACUGCAGUUGUCAAGGCGUAUGCUAAUGACCCAGGGAGCAGUAUCUUUGCAACGAUUUUGGCUUCAGUUGACUCGGAACCCGAGAUAUCCGUCGUAGGAUGGGUGAUUGUAGCAGUUGGAGACGAUGACACUCGCCAGAUUGGCUAUGCAAUGUCGCGUUAUCUUCUCAAGACGGCUCCACGUCCUGUUCUCAUCCGAUUUUGUGAGCCUAGUAUGUACUUUGCGUCUCUAGAGUAA